AAGAAAAAAAAAAAAAAACAACUUGCAACAGCAGACAGACAACUUCUUUCUCUUUCUGCCCUCUCUCUCCUCUUCUACUGCUUUACAGCACACCAAAUUUAUACUUCCUUCUUUUCUUCCACACUUCAAAUGGAGAUGAAUUUGCAAACCCAUAUCUGAAAUACCUUUUUUUUUUUUUUUUUUUGUAUGUUAUAGGGCAAUCUGGGUGAAGGGGAAGAUUAGUUGAGAAUUGAACCAUUACCUUAUCAGGAAUACCAACUUUCUCAACAGAAACAUAUCUGGAAUACCUUAACUUUCUCUAAUUCAAACAGAAACAUAUCUGGGUCAUAGGAGAGAUUGAUAGAAGGAAUUUGUGUGUGUUUGUGUGUGAGAGAUCAAGAUUUUUGCAGGAAAAUACAGUAAAAGAGGAAAUCAAAGUAGUUGAAGUUGCCAUUGUUGAGAUUUUGGAAAUCCUUUAAAGGAAAAUUACAUGCAAUUGUCUUUGAACUGUGGUUUAACCUAUGUUACUUGGACUCGGGUACUAUGUUGGAUACCGGAAGUACAUGAUACAAAAAGGAGUCGGUACAACUGGAAACUGAAUCUGAUAGUGCUUUAUGUGCAAUCCUUAGACUGCUGGUUUGACGAAUGAUUGAUACGACAACAAUUUGUAGCUAAAUUGGUUUAGUACCAAAUGUCAAGGCCUCUUGCAGCCAUAGUAGGAGGUGCUGCAGGAGCUGUGGCAUUUUUAGGGAUAGUCGUCAUUCUCUUUUGGUUCUGCAUAUUCCAUAGUAGAAGUGCUUCAAGGACUUCUGAAACUGGUUCUUCUGAACCUUAUCCAGCGGACAAAUCUUCGGGUAUCGAAUUGUCUUUUCGAGAAGCCAGGCGAUUUGAUUGGGAAGAAUUGUGUACCGCUACCAAGAACUUCAAUGAACAAGGGUUAAUUGGAGUAGGAAAGUUUGGAGAGGUCUAUAAGGGUUUACUUACAGAUGGUAUGCUUGUAGCCAUUAAAAAGCGUGCUGUUGCUCCUACUACAGAGUUUGUUGAAGAGGUACGUUAUCUUUCAUCUAUUCAUCAUCGGAACAUUGUGACACUUUUGGGUUACUGCCAAGAAAAUAAUCAACAGAUUCUUGUCUAUGAGUACAUACCUAAUGGAAGUGUUUCUAGUCAUUUAUAUGGAGCCGGCCAUGGUUCGCAAGAGAAGCUGGAAUUCAAGCACCGAUUGUCUAUAGCUCUAGGGGCAGCUAAAGGUUUGGAUCAUCUUCACUCCCUUAGUCCCCGCUUGUUGCACAAGGACUUCAAAACCUCAAACGUGCUUGUUGACGAAAAUUUUGUAGCAAAAGUUGCUGAUGCAGGGAUCAGAAAUUUUCUUGGAAAAUUCAACAUAGCAGGCUCGUCUUCCCAAGUAGAAGCUGAUGAGGUUUUUCUAGCCCCCGAGGUUAAAGAGUUCAAACAGUUUUCUGAAAAGAGCGACGUGUACAGUUUCGGGGUUUUUCUCUUGGAGUUAGUCUGUGGACAGGAAGCAAGAGAAUCUUAUUCUCCAGAUUCCAACCAAAAUUUGGUUGAACGAGUGUUAAAUUACCAUGACUUCAGCACAGUUUCCACCAUGGUUGAUCCAAGAAUGGGAAACAAGUUUACUGUGGAAGGGAUGGAAGAGUUUGUACAGUUGAUCGUUCGGUGUAUAGACCCGUCCAGCGAGCUCAGACCGGGAAUCAAGUAUGUGGUUUCGGAGCUCGAUCAAAUAUUGGAGAAAGAAAUGAACUUAACAACAGGCAUGGGUGAAGGAACCCCAACAGUUACUCUUGGAAGCCAGCUUUUUAAAGCUUUGAAAUAAAGGGCAGCAACCAGCCUUAAGUGUUUCUAAUAUGAAUUUUUGUUUUAUGAUUCUUCAUUUUUGUCUAGUUUUUAUUAUGCUUAUUCAUGGAAAAAAUUGUUGUGAAAUGGACAUACAGCUGUUUGAUAAUUGUAUAAAGAACAGCUGCAAUAUUUUUUGAUUUUUUUUUAAUUUCCCAUCAAUUAAUUAAUGUAUCCAAACAAAUGACCUUAUUGUAAACAAUUAUUUGUUUGUUAAUAUAUAGGGGUGAUGUGAUUUGAUUUGAUUUUACUU